UCUAAAUAAUGAUGCAAAACUUCAAGUCUUUACACCAAUAUACACGUUUCUCACAAAUUUUCCAAAUAUACUAUGCUUUUAAAUGUCAAGUGUAGUGAACAAAUGAGUUCAUAAUCUAGUCUUCCUCUUCUCGAGAUAUUAAAUAUGGCUAUCACUUCAUAUGUAAGCUUUCUCCUAUCACUUCUCCUGAUCUUAGUUCAGGCAAAGGGCAGAAAUGAUUCAACUUGUCCAAAGUCAUUUUCAUGUGGAAAUUUUACUGACCUGAGCUUUCCUUUCUCUCUUUCUACACAACCUGAAUGUGGAAUAAUGUUCUUAUCUGGUUGUGAUGCUAAACCAUAUCCGAGAAUCCGACUGCUUUCUGAGGGAGAUUGGUACUAUGCUUUAGAGAUGCAUAAUUCAUCAGUUUGGCUUGGGGACACGAAGCUUCAAACAACGUUGACGCAACACAAGUGCCAGACUUUUAACAAAAAUUUCUCCCUUCCAUACUCUUCUUUUAUGUCUUUCCAUAUGAUUAAUAUUAAAAGCUUCUACAAAUGCAUCAGUACCAGUAAUAAUACCCGUAACAUUACGCAGAAGAAGAACGAUCAUUUUGCUGGUUAUAAUAUGUACACCGGCUGUGAAGGCUUUAGCAUAUUCUACAACCUUUCCCGAUAUGAUGAUGAAUACAUAGGAGCAGACAAUCUUCCUACCAACUGUUCACUUAUCAGAUUGCCAAUUCAGGCAACUCAUGGUGAUUUGUUCGACGUGUUAGGUCCUGAAAUUCUAGUAGAAUGGAAAUUCUCUGAGGAAUGUAACAAAUGUCAUUAUGGUGGAGGUCAAUGCCAGACUAAUAAAACCAACAAAUUUUCUUGUCAUAAAGAUGUUAUUAAAAGUAUUGGUAUUGCAAAUGCUAGCACUGUAACAGCUGGAACAUCAAAAAAGGGUUACCUUCGGAUAAUCUGGUUGAUGGUGGCCACAGGGGCAAGUUUGUUUACUGUUGGACUGUUGAUUUUACUCUUCUGCUUCAGAAAAAAGAUUUUGUGGUACAAAUACCUCAGGUUUUGGGAAUCUAAUGCUGAGGAUCACCAAAAAGUUGAAGAAUUCUUAAAGAACUAUGGAUCAUAUGCUCCAAACAGAUACAAUUAUACAGACAUCAAAAGAAUCACCGAUCGCUUCAGAAACAAACUAGGCCAUGGAGGAUUUGGUAAUGUAUACAGAGGAAGUUUGCGUAAUGGGAGUGAAGUGGCAGUGAAGGUCCUGAAUGAACUAAAAGGCAGUGGUGAAGAUUUCGUUAACGAGGUGGCAAGUAUUAGCAGAACAUCACAUGUUAACAUUGUGAGCCUUGUGGGAUUCUGUUUUGAGGGACAGAAAAGAGCUCUUGUAUAUGAGUUCAUGCCUAAUGGAUCUCUUGAAAAGUUUAUCUAUGAAAAAAGAUCCGACAAUGUUCGCCAAUUAAGUUGGCCAAUAUUAUACAAAAUCGCACUAGGCAUUGCUAGAGGAUUGGAGUACUUGCACCGUGGUUGUAACACUCGGAUUUUGCAUUUUGAUAUAAAGCCUCAUAAUAUCCUACUUGAUGAGGAUUUUUGUCCAAAUAUCUCCGACUUUGGUCUUGCCAAACUAUGCAUAAAAAAGGAGAGUGUCGUGUCAAUGUUAGGUCCACGAGGUACUAUAGGUUAUAUUGCUCCGGAAAUUGUUUGCAGAAACUUGGGAGGUGUCUCUCACAAGUCUGACGUCUAUAGCUAUGGAAUGAUGGUCCUAGAGAUGGUUGGAGGAAGAAAAAAUGUUGAUGUAGGAGUUGAUCGCACGAGUGAAAUCUACUUUCCACAUUGGCUUUAUCAACGACUUGAACUAGAAGAAGAGCUUCAACUAAUCGGGAUAAUGAAUGAGGAGGAGAACGAAUGUGCAAGAAAGAUGGUGAUAGCGAGUUUAUGGUGCAUACAGACUGAUCCCUCAAAUCGACCAUCGAUGAGCAAGGUUGUUGAAAUGUUAGAAGGGAAACUAGACUCUUUGCAAAUGCCUCCCAAACCUUUUCUAUUUUCUCCCUCAAGAUCAGAGGUAAAUUCAUUAGUGGUAGAACUGGCCUAGCCUUUAUUUGCUGAUAUGUAAGCUAUCAUUUGUAUUAUUGUAUAGUCUCACUUUGUUAUGAAAUUUCAGCUAAAUUGUUGUUGAUUUUGAUAUUUUAAGUGACAUCAAAUGUGCACAAUAAUAGACUUUAUUAUCAAUAUAA